GUACAAUGAUUGAUAUUGAUUUGUUUUAAGUUUUAUGUGUUAUUAUUUUUACAGGGCAAUGAGACGCCACGUGACCUCUAUAUACAGAAUGAAUGUGAGGAGUAUGAUUCUAGAAAUAGAGAAAAACACAAGGAAGAAGUCUUGCAACUUCUGCAAGGCUUUGAAGUUCCAGAGGCAAUAUUAGCCAGAGGAAGUGAGGCUCUGAAGGUUUUUAAUGAGGAGUUACAAGAAGGAAGGAUCACAGUAAACCAUGCACGAUUAAUGGUGACUGGCAAAGAGGGGGUGGGAAAGACUUGUUUGGUAAACACUCUGCUUGAAAGAACAUUUAAUGAAGAAGAACCAUCGACUGAUGGAAUAGUGUUGACGACUGCUUUUCAAACUACUGAUAUAAGUAGUGUGUGGAAAGAGGCAGAGGACAUGGACGAAUGUGAUCGGAUCAAAGAUAUAUUUGAUAAUGCAUUAGAAAGUAAAGUUGCUGAGAAACUUAAACAAAAAGGAAGCCAAGUAGAGGCAGCUGAACCAGUACAGGCAUCAGCAGGAAAGUCAACACCUGUACCUCCACUUGUACACACCCCUAAAAAGUCAAAUGUCUUUGUACGUGUAUUUCAGCGGUUAACUAAAAAAGAUAGUCGCAGGAAACCAGUUACCUCCUCUACACCUGUAUUGCCAUCUGUGCCUGUUCCAGUUGCGGUAGGACAUAAUAUAGUAAUAGUAUGUGUGUUCAGAGUGUCUUCAACAGAUGAUCAGAUAAAUUAUUACAACUGUGGGAUUUAAUGACACGUUUUUAGUAGAUUUGCAUUAUUUCAGCCUUCGUCACUGAGACUCAAUGUCUCCCACAGCAUGCAUUGUUGUUCUUCUGUAUAUUGCCUUGUAAUAUAUUUCAAGUU